CGGAACAGCUGAGUGCAGUAGUAGAAUUGCAGACGCGGAGGUGUUGAGACAGCGACUCAGUAGCUGCUUCCGCCCUUGUGUUCACGGAUCUGUCGAGGUAUAACCUAAAAGUUGUGUUAAGUGUUUGUGUGGUAUUUUGGACGGGUCGAAGCCUCGUUCAGAAAGAUAACACUGUUUAUCGUUAUAUUGUUCGCCCUUGGAUAUUUGCCAAAGCUAACGCGUCGUGAUCAGACUUUUCUUUGAUUAGUGAACUCUGGUUCGGUCUCAGAAUCACUAUGGACUCUUCAGGGACAGUUCUGCUCCAGAGAAACUGAUUACGAUGAUACUGUUGUGGGUACAGCUGAUCUUGUUGGUGGCUCCUAGCCUGGCAGCCCUACACCCUUCGUCCCUAUGUCCAUCAGUAUUCUCAUAUGAAGGAUCUCAGCCUGAGCAUGAGAGGUGGUAUGGCAUCAUCCUGCUCUCCACGGACGAGUCGCUGGUUGGCGUCAGGAUAGAUAUCAGACUGGACCGUCCUGCAGAGCUCCUUGUGUCAUGGAUGGGGACGGUUACCAGUGAUGAUAAUGAACAUUUCACAAUCCUGAGUCUGGACCAGAAACUACAUCCUGGCCCCCCACUUGCCUCACGGUUCAUGGUCAAGUUCAAUGCAGUCAAGGGCAGCCCUCAGGUCCAAAAUAUUCGCCUCAACGGAAGACAGAUCUGCCCACCAGAUCCUAAUUUCGCUACAGAUAUUCAGCACAACGGCCAAGAUCACCUGUUUGAAAAUAGGUACACAACAGAGCGCAUUACAAGGAGGCCUGAUCUUGACUUUGAUGAUGACUGGGCGAACUCAAGACCUGCGACCCCGGGUACUUACAAGCCAGAGAGGCCUGUCGGGAACAAUGGAUAUAACAAUGGGUACAAUAGCCACGAGUCUGGUAGUGGUGGAUACAACAGCCAAGGAAGUGAUGGGUCGGGAAGCAGAAACCCUGUCCGCACUACAACUUAUGCUACCUAUGACAGCCACGAAACAUACCAUGGAAACGGAAAUGGGAACCACAGGCCUUCAGGGUCAGCGCUGAGUACUAGCAAUACACACUCUGUUUCCUCUAGGCCCUCCAGUGGCAACCGAGGCCAACCGUCUUCUCAGUCCGGUGUCCCAAGGCCCUUGGUUACAGAAAACACUCAGUACACUGGUGGCAUGCGACCUUCCAUCAGUAUCAACAUCAAUAAAGAUGUUACCUAUAACGUGGAUAGACCUGACCCAAAUGGUUAUAUGAACAACAAUCCUUCGGGUGGGGGACAGAGUCGACCUUCAAGUGAAAGGGAACCUUCAUACACACCUAAUCAACAUCCAAAAACAACUGAAAGAUAUAAUAAUGAGUUCACCGUAAAAACAACCACAAAAAAAACCCGUAGUAGUUCACAACAUCAACAUAAAUAUAAACAACGGAGGGGAAAUAACCCGAGCGGAAAUGGUAAUUUUAAUCCAUCAAAAACUACUACUAGAAGACCUUACACAAAUCAGAACAAUGGCACUGGCAAUAAUAAUCAACGUACUACAACUCGCAGGCCUACAUCUUCAAAUAGUCAAAGACCCAAUUCAAAUAACGGAUAUCAGAGCAAUCGACCUAACAGAAAUCCUGAUAUAGCUUCAUCCGAAACUCACUACCAAUCGGGAUACGGGCAAAACAGUUAUGAAAAUAAUGAAAAGACAACAGAAAGGAAUCAUUACAAUAAUGACCAUGGAAAUAACAAUCAACAGUCUAACCAGAGACCUUGGAGCACAGAAGUCAGUGAUAACUCACGACCGAGUGCAGUUCCCAGUAGUAGGCCUAGUGGUGGAGGAGGACACAAGAAAGUUCCACGGCCUCAGAUGAAUUCUGGCUCAAAUCAUGGGGGGACAGUGGAAAACUCACGUGUCAGGUGUGGCCAGGUGGAAGUGAACCCAACUCCCCUGAUCACCCACGGCCAGAAUACUGCCCGAGGACAGUGGCCUUGGCACAUUGCACUCUACCGUAUUGAAGGCAUCAACCUGAGCUACAGCUGUGGCGGUUCUCUUGUCAGUUCCACUGUCGUCAUCACUGCGGCCCACUGUGUGACAAAAGCACCUCGAGACAGACCCGUAGAUGCGGACAUCUUGGUGGUACAGCUUGGCAAGUAUCAUCUGUACCAGUUCAGCGAUGACUCUGUACAGAACAAACAGGUGCGGGACGUACAUGUACAUCCUCGCUACAACAGCACCAACUAUCUGGACGAUUUGGCUGUCCUGGUACUGUCUAGCCCUGCCGAGUUCACCAAGUUUGUGCGGCCGGUCUGUCUCUGGCCCAAGAACAACUUCAACCUUCCAUCGAUCGAUAACAUGGAAGGAACGGUGGUCGGCUGGGGAUAUGAUGAAAACAACCAAGUGACUGAAGAACUCAAAAUGGCUCGAAUGCCUGUCGUCUCAUAUGUUACUUGUCUCAAAAGCUAUCCUCAAUUCUUCUCUCAGUUCACAUCAGAGAACAAGACAUUCUGUGCUGGCUUCAGACAAGGUACCAGUGUGUGUAAUGGAGACAGUGGAGGUGGCAUGGUGUUCCAACAAAACAAUGUGUGGUAUCUACGUGGCCUCGUGAGCAUCACUGUUGCCAAACAGGGCCUCAGAGUCUGCGAUACCAACCACUAUGUUGUUUUCACCGAUGUUGCAAACUAUAUCAACUGGAUCAGUCAAUAUUUAUCCUAGUGACUUGGUGGAAUAUUGUGGCAACAGAGCUGACCAUCUUCACACGCACGUCGGUUGUGAGUCUGUUUGUAGUGGACACACAGAACUGAAUGUAUAAGUUUCUUACAGUACACCAUGCUUACAAACAAGAGAGUUGUGUCGCUGUUUUGUGAAAAAAUUGUAGUAAUAAGAAUUAUUCAGCCUAUAACAAAAUACACUGUAGUUUUAUGAUUUUAAAAAAUCGUGACAAUUUAAAUUUUGCUUUAUGUUCAGACCA